AUGCAAAAACGGCCGUUUGCAGACAUUGUUCUGGAUUUGGGAAAGCCGCUAGGUGAUGGAGACUGUCAGGUGAUGCACAGCGCAGGAGAUGAAAACAGCUCAGAGAGUAAACUGGCUCGGCCUCGUACUACAGAUGAGCCGCGCACAGAGGACAAGCUCGACUGCUCAACAGGGAAUCAGAAGAGCAGUGAUGAAAUAAGAAUUGUGCUGGUUGGAAAGACUGGAGUAGGAAAGAGUGCAGCAGCAAAUACCAUCCUGGGAGAAAACAAGUUUAAUUCAGAUCUGUCCUCCUCCUCUGUGACCAUAGACUGUGAUAAAGCCAAAGGAGAAGUCAAUGGGCAAAAGGUGGCCGUGAUUGACACUCCAGGCUUGUUUGACACAAAAGAGGAACAAACUUUGAUUGAGGCAAAGAUUAAACUGUGCAUAUCGCUCUCCGCGCCAGGCCCUCAUGUUUUUCUUGUGGUUGUGCAGCUUGGGAGAUUUACAGCAGAGGAAAAAAGUACUGUGGAGCAAAUUCAGAAAAUCUUUGGCGAUCAAGCAUCAAAAUACACCAUGGUACUGUUCACUCAUGGAGACAAGCUGAAGCGUGUACAGAAAAGCAUUCAUACGUUUGUUAAAGACAGUGCUGAUCUGCUUGACUUUGUCAAGACUACAAGUGGCCGAUACCAUGUUUUUGACAAUGAAGAUAAGGAUCCAAACCAGGUCAACAUGCUGUUUGAACAAAUAAAGCAGCUUAAGACUGUAAAUGGUGAAGAGUAUUACACUAAUGAAAUGCUUCGGGAAGCUGAGAGAGCAAUAGAGGAAGAAAAAGAAAGGCUUAUGCUGCAACAACAAAUGACUGAACAGGAAGCAAGAUACAGAGCAGAAAGAAACAAUAAGUUUGUGAAAGCCGGUGUGGUAUUGGCAGGAGGCGCUGCUGCUGCUGCUGCGACUGUUGCUGUAAAAGCCUGCCAACUUCAAUGAGAACAUUUCUCUGAUUGGUUAAUCCAGCAUUGGUCAGUUAUUGAUUAACAAUAAAUUCCUUAAUUAUUAAUAUGCAAAAUAAAAAAUGACAGUAGCACUGUGACAUAAUGCUAGCUAUGGACACGUUUUAUUAUACUAGGUCACUGUAGUUUAUUUUAGUACAA